CGGAGGCGGCGGAGGGGCCCGGGACCCGCGGCGCAGCCGGCGGCGGCACUACCGGCAACAGCAGCAGCGGCAGAGCCCGGCAGCAGCCGUCCGCCACCGCAUGCCCGGGCGGGCGGAGGCGUCGCCGUCCAUGCGGGGCGGCGGGGCGUGAGGGGCGGCAUGAGCCAGAGCGAGGUGUCGGCGUGCGCGGCGCCGCCGCCCAGCCAGCGCGUCUUCCAGGAGGCGGUGCGGCGCGGCAACACCAAGGAGCUGCAGUCGCUGCUGCAGAACAUGACGAACUGCGAGUUCAACGUCAACUCCUUCGGGCCCGAGGGGCAGACGGCGCUGCACCAGUCCGUCAUCGACGGCAACCUGGAGCUGGUCAAGCUCCUGGUCAAGUUCGGCGCCGAUAUCCGCCUGGCCAACCGGGACGGCUGGAGCGCGCUGCACAUCGCUGCCUUCGGGGGCCAUCAGGACAUCGUCCUCUACCUGAUCACCAAGGCCAAAUACUCCGCCGGAGCCCGGUGAUGCUGGGGCCGCCGGCCCUACCCCGCUCCCUUGGCCGCCGAAGCUGCUACCGCCCCCGCGGGGUUCGUUCGGCGAGGAUUUGGGGGCCCCCCGCAGCACACGGCACCGGCCGCCUGCUCUCAGUUUGUUUUGGUUUGGUUUUCCUUCCAAGGGUUGUUCUCCUACUGUAACAUGGUUUUUUUUUCCUCCAUCUACCUCGGCUGCACUCACAGUAUUCACGGUUUCAGUUUGACAUCUGGGCAGAUGCUUUAAAGGCUCCCCUGUCCCUCCCGGCUAAUAUUUAAUCCCCCUCCCCACUCCACUCACUCCCCUCCCGCCCAUUUAAAGUAUUCUGGCUCAGAAACUAAUUCAUUUCAACGCUCCCAUCCCCCCAUCCCCUGCCGUUACCGAAUGGUGCUGGUGUCCCCGGGAGGGCCCGGAGCCAAGAGCGGGACACCCCGGGACGGGCUGGGAGCCCCCGGCCGCCUUCCUCCUCCUGCCAGCUUCUCCCAGGGCUCGCCCAUCGCCGGGUGUUUUUCCGAGGUGACCCCAUUGGAAUAUGCCAGACGCGGCUUCCUCACCCCCGUGGCUCCUUUCUUGUUUUAUUUUGCGUUGGGUUUCCUGCUUUGGUUCUUUUUUUGUUCGUGGUUUGUUUUUUUU